GAGCGAGUACUCCAUAGCCUGAGCCUGGCAUGCGUAUGCAUUGAUGGAUGUACGUACGUACGAUCGUAGCGGGUCAAUCCAGCUCCACGAGCAUCAGCUUGCCAUUGGAGUUCAGGUGGUGGUUGAGGAUCUGUCUGUCGUCUUGUCCAUCACCAAACAAGUUUCAGUGCCCACUGAGCAAGCUGGCUUGUUCAUGAUUUGGGGCGCUCAUUGAUCCUGAGCAUCCACCUCGUUGUCAAGCGCAUUUGUUUCUGCCUCGAUCCUCGAUCGUGUUCUUCUUAAUCGGGCUGUGGAUCAACGAGCCAAUACUGUGUCUGUGUUUGUGUCUGGUCGGGUCGAGAUCGAUUUAACAAAGCCAUUGGAUCAAGAGGACGCAUUCAGCACAAUCGGAGGCCAUCAUGGAUCAACGUGGAAUGGUGAUUCUCUCGGGUAACUCCCAUCCCGAUUUGGCCAAGGACAUUGUCCGACAUCUGGAUGUGCGUCUGGGUUCCAGUUCGGUCUACCACAAGACCAAUCGCGAAACCAUGGUCGAGAUCCACGAAUCCGUGCGUGGCAAGGAUGUCUACAUCAUUCAGACGGGCACCAAAGAUGUGAAUGACAUGAUCAUGGAAACCUUGAUCACCAGCUACGCUUGCAAGACCUCCACGGCUCGUCGAAUCAUUGGCGUCAUCCCCUAUCUCCCGUACAGUACCCAAUGCAAAAUGUUUUCGCGCGGUGCGAUUACCUGCAAAUUAUUAGCUAAGAUGCUGACACAAGCGGGCAUCUCGCAUGUCAUCACGUUGGAUUUGCAUCAAAAAGAGAUCCAAGGGUUCUUUGAUUGUCCCGUGGACAACCUACGGGCAUCGCCCUUCUUGGUCCGAUAUAUCCAAGAGAGUAUACCCGAUUAUCGGAACGCCGUGAUUGUAGCUAAAAAUCCGUUGGCCGCUCGACGUGCCACAUCUUACGCUGAGCGAUUGCGGUUAGCUAUUGCCGUCAUUCAUGGAGAAGUCAAGGAUGGCGAUGAUGAGAUCGACGAACUCGAUGGGAGAGCCUCUCCACCCCCGGGAAUGGCCAAUCGAGUCACAACCGUUGGAGCAACCCUGCCCCCGUUGACGGCCAAGGAGAAGCCGCCCAUUAAUGUAGUGGGUGAUGUGGGUGGCAAGAUCGCAAUCAUGGUCGAUGACAUGAUCGACGAUGUGCAGGCAUUUGUGGAUGCCGCUUUUGUGUUAAAGGAACGUGGUGCUUACAAAAUCUAUGCACUAGCUACUCAUGGCAUCCUGUCCAAGGAGGCGCCCAGAUUAAUUGAAGAGUCGCACAUUGACGAAGUGGUGGUCACGAAUACCGUCCCUCAUGACCUGCAAAAGCUUCAAUGUCAUAAGAUCAAGACAGUGGACAUUUCCAUUUUGUUGGCUGAGGCCAUUCGACGGAUCCACAACAAGGAAAGCAUGUCUCAUCUGUUCCGUCACGUCACGUUGGAGGAUUAAACCAAGGAAUACAGCCAUGUCCCCAAGGAUCGAUUCGCCCAUGCUUGAGGUUGAUCCAAGACCUAAAACUCUGGCCUUGUGGAGGGGUGGGGCGUGCGUUUCGUCCUCUCCAACAAAUCGGAUAAAUUUUGAGUGUUUUGAAUGAAAUACAGAAAAUUAUUGUGAAUG